GCCGCCGGGGCAAGCAGGGGGCCCGGAUGAGCUUGCUGGGGAAGCCGCUGUCCUACACCAGUAGCCAGAGCUGUCGGCGCAACGUGAAGUACCGGCGGGUGCAGAACUAUCUCUACAACGUGCUGGAGAGACCCCGCGGCUGGGCGUUCGUCUACCACGCGUUCGUUUUCCUCCUUGUCUUUGGUUGCUUGAUUUUGUCAGUGUUUUCAACCAUCCCUGAGCACACGAAACUGGCAUCAAGUUGCCUCUUAAUUCUGGAGUUCGUGAUGAUUGUCGUCUUUGGUUUGGAGUUCAUCAUUCGAAUCUGGUCUGCAGGUUGCUGUUGUCGGUACAGAGGAUGGCAAGGAAGAUUGAGGUUUGCUCGAAAGCCCUUCUGUGUUAUAGAUACCAUCGUUCUUAUUGCUUCAAUAGCAGUCGUUUCUGCAAAAACUCAGGGUAAUAUUUUUGCCACGUCUGCUCUCCGAAGUCUACGUUUCCUCCAAAUUCUCCGAAUGGUGCGCAUGGACCGCAGGGGCGGGACUUGGAAAUUACUGGGUUCCGUGGUUUAUGCCCACAGCAAGGAAUUAAUCACAGCGUGGUACAUAGGAUUUCUUGUUCUUAUUUUUUCAUCCUUCCUUGUCUAUCUGGUGGAAAAAGAUGCCAAUAAAGAGUUUUCUACAUAUGCAGAUGCUCUCUGGUGGGGCACAAUUACAUUGACAACUAUUGGAUAUGGAGACAAAACUCCGCUAACUUGGCUGGGAAGAUUGCUUUCUGCAGGCUUUGCACUCCUUGGCAUUUCUUUCUUUGCACUUCCUGCCGGUAUUCUUGGCUCAGGUUUUGCAUUAAAAGUCCAGGAACAGCACCGCCAGAAACACUUUGAGAAAAGAAGAAACCCAGCUGCCAACCUCAUUCAGUGCGUUUGGCGGAGUUACGCAGCUGACGAGAAAUCUGUUUCCAUCGCCACCUGGAAGCCACACUUGAAGGCCUUGCACACCUGUAGUCCUACCAAGAAAGAACAAGGGGAAUCGUCAAGCAGUAAGUUCUGUAGUAAUAAACAGAAGCUCUUCAGAAUGUACACUUCACGGAAGCAGAGUCAGAAGCUAAGCUUCAAGGAGCGGGUGCGCAUGGCCAGCCCCCGGGGACAGAGCAUCAAGAGCAGGCAGGCCUCGGUGGGCGACCGCAGGUCCCCGAGCACCGACAUCACGGCCGAGGGCAGUCCCACCAAAGUGCAGAAGAGCUGGAGCUUCAAUGACCGGACCCGCUUCCGGCCCUCGCUGCGCCUCAAGAGCUCGCAGCCCAAGCCGGUGAUGGACGCUGACACAGCCCUUGGCACGGAUGACAUCUACGAUGAUAAAGGAUGCCAGUGUGAUGUGUCAGUGGAAGAUCUCACCCCGCCACUCAAGACUGUCAUUCGAGCUAUCAGAAUCAUGAAAUUUCAUGUGGCAAAACGGAAGUUUAAGGAGACAUUACGCCCAUAUGAUGUAAAAGAUGUCAUUGAACAGUAUUCUGCAGGUCAUCUGGACAUGCUCUGUAGAAUUAAAAGUCUUCAAACACGUGUUGAUCAAAUUCUUGGAAAAGGUCAAAUCACAUCGGAUAAGAAGAGUCGAGAGAAAAUAACAGCAGAACACGAGACCACAGAUGAUGUCAGCAUGCUCGGCCGGGUAGUCAAGGUUGAAAAACAGGUCCAAUCCAUUGAGUCAAAGCUGGACUGCCUGCUAGACAUCUACCAGCAGGUCCUGCGGAAGGGCUCUGCCUCGGCCCUGGCCCUGGCGUCCUUCCAGAUCCCGCCUUUCGAAUGUGAACAGACAUCUGACUAUCAGAGCCCUGUGGACAGCAAAGACCUGUCCAGUUCUGCCCAAAACAGCGGCUGUCUAACCAGAUCGGCUAGUGCCAACAUCUCCCGAGGCCUGCAAUUCAUUCUGACACCAAAUGAGUUCAGCGCUCAGACUUUCUACGCACUUAGCCCUACUAUGCACAGUCAAGCGACACAGGUGCCACUGAGCCAAAGCGAUGGCUCCACCGUGACAGCCACCAACAACAUUGCACACCAAAUCAAUGCAGCCCCCAAGCCGCAAGCCCCCACAACCUUACAGAUCCCACCUCCUCUUCCAGCCACCAAGCACCUGCCCCGGCCAGAGACCCUGCACCCAAACCCCACAGGCCUGCAGGAGAGCUUCUCCGAUGUCACCACCUGCCUUGUAGCCUCCACGGAACAUGUCCAGGUUGCCCCAUCAAAGCUGACGAAGGACCGUGCUCUGAGGAAAAGCUUUGACAUGGGUGGGGAAACUCUGUUGUCUGUCCGCCCCAUGGUCCCCAAGGACUUGGGCAAGUCUUUGUCCGUCCAAAACCUCAUCAGAUCAACAGAGGAACUGAGUUUACAGCUUUCAGGGAGUGAGUCAAGUGGCUCCAGAGGCAGCCAAGAUUUUUAUCCCAAAUGGAGAGAAUCUAAAUUGUUUAUAACUGAUGAAGAGGUGGGUCCGGAAGAGACAGAGACAGACACUUUUGAGGUGACAGCACAGCCGGCCCAGGAAGCUACUUUUGUGUCAGACUCUCUAAGGACUGGAAGAUCGCCAUCAUCUCAGAGCGUUUGUAAGGCUGGGGAGAGCACAGAUGUCCUCAGCUUGCCUCCCGUCAAGCUGAAAUAAGAUCUUCAUUUUCUUUCUAGACAUAGCAGUUCCUUUAGCCAUACAUAUCAUUGCAUGAACUAUUUUUGAAAGCCCUUCUUAAAGAAAAAAAAAAAAAAGAAGUUGACAUUGCAAGAAUCAGGAAGUCCAGGAAAGGCCAUUCUGAUAAGCCCAUUAUCUUUUCAUUUGCAUGCAAAUGCAUGUCUGGGGAUGGCUGAAAUUCCAAGGUGCAUCAACAUAGAACCCGCUCAUUUACUCAUGUACCUUUGAGUUUACAAUCCUGAAAAAACCUAGCAUUGCUAAAGCUUACAGGGUGUAUGAACUUGCCAAGAUUAGAUCAAGGACAAGAAUUGACGCAAUAGUUUUGAAAUUGUGGGAGUAAACACCUUCAAAUUUCAGGCAUUUCUGCUUUGUGAUUCAGUACAAAAUCAUCUUUAAAAUUAGGCCAUAACGUCUAAACACAAUAACUAUCAACAGCUGCUCUUAAGGAAUCAAGAAAAGCAGAAUUUGAGGAUAAUAGAAAUGGCUGUGUCCUUCAAGAAAUCUCUGCCAACCUAUUUCUACUCAGUCUUUUUCUUAUUAAUGUAUUUUGAAUGUCAGUUUGUGUGCUUUUUAACUUUUUUUAAUUUAUUUUUUUUUUAUUUUUUGGUGAUUUAACGCUGUGGCAAGCAGUGCUACGCAUCCUUUUCAUGUUGUCCUUUACAAUGAGAAUGUUUUUCAAUGAG